UCGCGACCACGCUUGAUGUGGUGUUGGUUCUGCAUUCAGUCGUCGUCUCGUCGUCCCGUCAGUGUUUCGCGCAAGCAGAAAAGUUUUCGUGGUUAUGUUCAUCUAAAUAAAGAAAAUUUGGUUCGGACACAAAGUGCAUCGUAAAGUUGAAUGCGGUCUCGCCCGUGAGUGGACAAAAUUCACACGGCCGGAAAAGUUAAAGUGGCCAAUUUCGGAGCCAUCGUCGGGUCGCCCAAAAAACGUGGUGAUGUAACGUCGUUGUGUGCGGCAGUCACUGUAAAAAGACGUUCUCCUGAAGAGUGCAAAGAACAAGAAGCGAUUAGUGGAAGUCUCAAAAUUUGAGCUGAUUUGGUUCGAGAGGUGGUCUCCGGGCACCUUCAAUAUUAUUUCGAUUCGGUUCGCCGUUCGCACUGCUGGUGGAUUUUUCCUACAAAUGGCGCAGCAGUAAAUCUCGACAUUGGUGAUUUGGCGAUUUUUGUUCAGAACUUAUCAUGGAUCCUGCAACGUUCACAAUCUGGGACCCCUCCCAGCCGAAUGCCAAAAUGAAGAUUAUCAAUAUUCCCGGGCAGGGCCCGGCUCAGUUGAUAGAAACCGUAUCGUCAAACAGCGGAACAUCGGGCCAAGCCGAACAAAUCAUACUGCAAACACACGACGGUCAAGAGUACCUGGUGGACGAAAAUGACAUCAGCCGCAUAGAUCAGAUACCGCCGGAAAAUCUCAUCUACAUGGCCACCGAUGAUGGCUCGUUGAUUCAGGGGGAAGUUGUCCACGUACAGCCGGAAGAUAUGCACCAGCAUGUAAUACAACAGGGUCAGGAAUACAUGGAAUGUGAAGUAACGGAAGAAGUCAUAACCGACGACUGGGUCCAAACCGAUGGGCAGGAAUGUGUCCAAGUUACGGUGGAUCAGCUGGGAGCGACAACGGUGAUCGGAGCAGCCGAAGAUGACGUUACAGUACCGCUUCCAACGGAUCAGGACGAAUAUACGACUUCUCGGCCUUAUCCGUGCGAUUUCUGCAGUCGAAGGUUCAGGAAGAAGUCCAACUUGAUGAAUCAUAUGAUUGCGCACUCGAAUGACAGACCCCAUGUGUGUAAUUUAUGCGGUGCACAAUAUAUGAGGCGAGGUGACUUACUGAAUCAUCUAAAAUUGCACGCGUACGUUCCCGAUGAUCACGAAGAAUCGAUGCGGCAUGAUUCGGAUGAAUUCGAAUACGACCUUUCCGGAUCAACGCCACCCAGUUUGAAGCGAAGGUCUUUCUCCGAAGAUGAAGACGAUCUUCUGAUUCCGGCGCCCACACAGUAUGCACCUCUGCCAGCACCAGCCACAAAAAUACCCAAGAAGCCUCGGGCAAAGCCUAGUGCUUCAAAAUCUAGCAAAAAAUCAACCAAUCGAGCGCGCCAGUCUCAAGCGCAGCGACAACAACAGGAAACCAAGUACAAUGCAUCGGUGGAACCUUUCGUGAACCUUCCACCACGGUAUCCAGUGACCGACGACAGGAAGCCAUUCGUUUGCCAAAAAUGUGGCAUCUCGUUUGCUCGGGAAAAGGCACUUGCCUCACACUCCCGAAUUCACGGAGGAGACUCUCCGUUUGACUGCGAAACAUGUGGACAUCGAUUCUGGGACCGCGUAAUGUUACAGGAACACAUCCGACAACGACAUGCUUCAAAUUUUCUAGCCGCUCCAUUGGAAUUACCGCCCGCUGAAAUCGUGGUUACGCCUCCAGAUGAGGUCGAAGAGGACAGCCCUGCCGAAGAAGACGUUGAAGGUCAAUACUACUGCGACAACUGUGGUUUGAUGUUCCAAAAGCAAGAACUAUUAAAACGACACAUAAAACAAGCUCACACUGUCCGAGAGCCUAAAUUCGAACCAAUCAGUCAAAUUGUUCGCCAACGUCAGCAGCAUCAACAGCAAAUCCAGCAGGAAGAGGAAGAAGACGAUGAAGAUACGGAUAAUCAGAUGGAAGAAACAGAACCCCAACAACCCCUCUCCUGUAAUGUAUGCGGAGAAACGUUCCUGGAAGCGUUGGAUCUGUUGGCUCACGCCGAAGUCCAUGCAAGGUUCGAACCGUACAAAUGCCAGCUCUGUCGGGAAUCGUUCUUAGAUGAAAACACCAUUAAGGAACAUGUCCAGAAACAGCACAGCCAUGAGCUGACGGAAACUUCUUGUGUGAUUUGCGGAAAGUCGUGCAAGAAUCACGCCGGUCUGUUGAAGCAUGCCUUCGAGCACUCGCGUGAAAGGACUAAGUUGUUCGGUUCCCAUAGUUGCUCCAAAUGUGGCAAAACGUUCCACAACAAAGCCCGACUCAAGCGCCACAUGGUGUCCCAUCGGAACAAAUCGGUUCGGUGCGAAAUUUGCCAGGAAGAGUUUCCCGAUGGGCGGAGUUUGAUGAACCACCGGCACUCGCACACGAAAACCAAACAGUUCCCCUGCCACGAGUGUGGGAAAACAUUUGGCUCGCGUUCGUCCCAGCAGAUCCAUCUGAGGAUUCAUUCCGGGGAGCGGCCGUACGGAUGUCGAUUCUGCUGGAAAGCCUUUGCCGAUGGAGGAACGCUGCGCAAACAUGAGCGGGUCCACACCGGAGAGAAACCCUACGGUUGUUCGGUGUGUCCUCGGGCCUUCAACCAGCGAGUGGUGCUGAGGGAGCACAUACGAUCUCACCACUCCGCUCCGGACACCAAACGUGGCACUGCCACGCAACCGUAUUUCUGUGCCGUUUGCAGUCAGCUGUUUGAAACAUCGAUGGAAUUAAUCCAACAUCUGAUCCAGCAUAGCGAUAUGAAUACGGCUAUGAAACGGCAACCGCCGACCUUCCCUAGAAAGUACAAAAGACGAAGAAAGCUCAAAGCCGAUGAAGGAGAAAAACCACCGCACUCUAGCAAGAGUAGGAAAAAAGAAGUCAAUAUCACCUACAUAGAAACUGAGCAAGAACCUGCGGAGGAUGAAGAUUUGCUAAAGAAUCCGGCAGAAGUUUUGCUAGAAUACGGCGCAGGAACUUCGAACAAGAAAUUAAUAGCAUCUCCCAAGUACAUAAGUUCGUACGACCUAUUAGCUUCAACUUCGGUAGACCUGAAGCCCUCAACCGUAGACGACAACGGGAUAAACCUUCUUAGCAAUGUAGUUCUCGUCUCCAAUAGUGAGAAAAAGAUCAAAACCAUCAAAACAGAAUCUCCAAAAGGGCGCGCGGUGAAGCAGUCGUCAUCUCCUGGAGCAACGUCUACCAACUCAUUAGGUACAUCUUCCGGAUCUAGACCCCGUAUGAUUCAUACUCAAAAAACGCGAGUACCUGUCAACGACGGAAAGCGUAAAACCAAAACGGUCAUCACCAAAGACAUUAAAAGUCAUCCGGAAAGCACUACCAGCCCAUACACAACUCUUGAAUUCAAACGUUCGAAGAAUCGUACAGUGCCAACCUAUCGGGAAAUCCCAUCUGACAAGAUUUCCUCCGAAAGUUUCCCACUCCUAGACGAUGGACGGGAAGAUGAUGGCGACGGGGAUGACCAAUCGGAAUCAAACCAAGCCGCUCUGGACGCCUUAUCCAGCAGCCAACGGCACCAGCAAGAGGUCCCCAAUUACGAAGAUCUCCUCAACCAAAAUCUUCUCAUGGAAAUAUCCCGAAAGGACAAAUACAUUGACAAAUACAACAGCGACAUUGUCAACGAUCUGGAAGAAAUUCUCCGAUCUCCAAUCAAAACCACUAACAAUAAUGUGCCACCAGCGGUCAUUAUGGCCACUCCCAGAACUAGUCACUACAGCAACAGCCAAGAUGAACAGGACGAAGACGAAUCAGAGCAGAAACCUCGCAAAGUCUCCCGCAAGCAACAGCUCAAGAAAAUUAGCAAAGAAACCGCACAGAAGUCGCUCACUUCGGCGCUGCGCAGUCAACGGCUGACCAGGCGUCAACUGGAACGAGAGGUCAACUUCCUGCGGGAAGCCUACAACCCAGAUCCCCACUCGACCAUUAGUAUCAAACAGGAGAAGGACAGCCCAGACAAACUUUCCGCAAUGCUGUUGAACGACCUGCAGCAACCUUCGUCGUCGUCAUCUUCUAUGGCGUUGCUCAACCCCAAGCUGGAACCAAUGCCGGAACCCUUGAUGACCGAUGAGGGCGAAACGGAGAGCACUCAACUUCAGGAGGUAGCGCCUCCACCGGUGGUGCAGAUAUUUCAAUGCGAAAUCUGCUUGGCCGUGUUCGACAGUCGCUCUCAGUUGUUGCUACACGUGCCUAUCCACAUCUAACUCUAUUGUUGAUUACCUACGAUGGUUGCUUUUUUGUUGAUUGAUAAUAACGUUAUCACACUUUCUCGUUUGGGAAAAUAUACUCAGAAAGGCAGUAUUCCAACAGAAGUGAAGUGUUGUAAUAGUAAAGUUACACAGUGAAACUAACUACUUGCAUUAUAAUUGUAGAUGUUAUUUUUGAAAUUACAAUUGAAAUAAAAUAUGAAAUUGGAAACAGA